CAAACAUCCACAGAAACCCCCAAUCCACUCCAAACCCAGACACCCGCCCGCCGCGACGUUGCAACACAGUUUUCAUGGUAGCAGCGAACGUUCCCGAUUCGAGGCAGAGUCCAUUUGGAAGUCCCGGGCAUCGGAGGAUCACUGCGGCAAGCACCGACCGAUCGGCUGAGUUGUGAAAUCCAAGAAGUGGACUAGGACGCCCUGACACAAACCUCACACACUGUUGGUGACUGGACUACAGCGGAGCCACAUCGAAAUAAGUAGCAGUCAGCGGAGGAGGAGGCGGCGGCAGAGUGCAGCCGUGGCCAAGAAGUCUUGAGACGCAGUUCCGCGAGCAAUCGUAACCAGGACCAGCACAAGCCAUGGCAUUGCUGACCAUGAUAGCCAGGGUCAUCGAUGGCCUUCCUCUGGUGGGGACCAUGCAGGAUGACGAACAGAGCGGACGAAGCAUACUGGACUACCAAAACCAGGCCAAGAUGCUCUUCCGCAAGCUUGGCACCCACUCACCGGCUCGUUGCAGUAUCGAGACCGGACCCUACCUAUUCCACUACCUAAUCGAGAACGACGUCUGCUACCUGGUGAUGGUGGACAAGAUGUACUCAAAGCGACUGGCCUUCAAUUACCUGGAGGACCUGGCUCAGGAGUUCCACGCUAACUACGGCCGGCGGGUAAACUCUGUGACGCGCCCAUACGCAUUCAUAGAGUUUGACGUGUACAUACAGAAGGCGAAAAAACAGUUGACGGACCGCAGACGCAACAUCAGCAACAUCAACACACAGCUGCAGGAUGUGCAGCGCAUCAUGGUGCAGAACAUUGACGACGUGCUCCAACGUGGCACAGUGCUGGCGGAACUUGACACCAAGACCCAGAACUUAUCGAUGAUGUCACAGAAGUACAAGAAGGACGCCAAGCUGCUCAACCGAAAAUCCAUGUACGUGAAGGCGAUGGCCGUGGGCAUGAUACUUCUAGUGUUCAUCAUGUAUUUCUGGGUUCUGUAAUAUCAAGCAGUUCCUUGGCCACUCGGAGCGGUGCGUUCUUUGUUGGCGUCAAGCGUCAAGGACGCAAGACCAAAAGACAUUUAGAUUACGCGUGCACCUGUACUCCACGCCACCAACCACACCAUAUUCAUUCAUAUCUAUGAAUCAUAGACAGGCGAGAAGUGAAUAGCGAAACCCCUACCAGCAUACGCAUCGCUCCCAAGGCUUGUUUCACUUCUAAUAUUAACUUACCUUUGCGUUAUUUACGGUCUGGGAUUCCAUUUAUUAUUAACUCCCAUUUCAUUUCGCCGUGCGCUCCCGUUGCGCAGGUUUUCUGAAUAUUUGAUUACGAAUCGGGUUUAGUUUAGACGACCUUUGAGCCAAGUCGGUUGACUACGACCCAAAUCUGUAAAUUAUGAGCGUCGUUCCGUGUGUGUGUGUAUAAAUGUCUAGAUUGUAGAUGGAUCGCUGCAUAGCGAAUCCAAAUCCGGCGGGGUGCUUGAUACAAGCUGCAAAAACACCGCAAAAAAACAAAGAAAAAGAAAAGAUAAGCGAAAAGAAAGGAAAAGAAAAGAAAGGGAAAUAAACAAUAAAAGUUUUAGGCAAUUUAUAUGUGUACAAUUAAGGCAAAUAAAUAAAUUUACAUUGUUUAAUAAAGAGAAGGCAAAACUGUGUUCGAUGCACUACCCAAGCCCGAAAGAUAGCAA